AUGAGUAGCGAGACAUCAUCGGUGGAGAGAUCAAACUCUACUCUUCCUGUUAAAGGAACCGCACAAGAGUCGGUACAAUCUAGCGGUACUAUCGAUGCUAUCGGAAAGGUCAUUAAUUCGAGGGAUGCAGAUGUCACACUUCAGUUUUUGAGAGAACAUGACUCUCAGGUCCCCCCCAUAACGCCAGAGCAGGAGCGCAAACUUUCCAGAAAAGUGAUCUGGAUUAUUUUACCUAUGGUAAUGUUCAUCAACACGAUCAUUUAUGCUGACAAGAUUGCGAUGUCUUUUGCGGCAAUCUUCACGUUUUUUGACGACACUGGCCUUACCAAAAACAAGUAUAACAACGCUAACACCCUUUUCUACGUGGGAUUCGUCCUUGGUCAGGGAAAUCUGUAUUUUCUUCAAAAGCGCCCUGUGGGACAGGUAAUGACGAUCAUAACAUUUUUAUGGUGUCUCAUAAUGUUUCUACAUUGCGCAAUUUACAAUCCUAGCGGCGUCUAUGCAAUCAGAUUUUUUCUGGGAUUCUGUGAGGCGAUAGGAGUCCCUGCACUGAAUAUUACCAUGAAUCAGUUUUUGACCGCCGAGGAAAAAGCAGCAACUGCUCCGAUUUUCUUUGCAAGUUGUAUGGGGGUGACAGUGCCAGUAGGUUUUAUUGCAUAUGGUACUUUGCAGAUAACAACUUCUUCUAUACCAACUUGGAAGAUUUUUUCAAUACUGAUUGGUUCAUUAAGCUUUCUGGUAAGUCUAAUGGUGCUUAUACUAUAUCCUAAUAACCCCACUGAUGCAAAAUUCUUAAACACGGAAGAAAAAGUGUGGGUCAUCAGAAGAGUUCAGAACUCUACUCAAUCAUCAAUUGAGCAAAAACGAUUCAAGAAGUCUCAAUUCAGAGAAGCCAUAAGAGAUCCGAUUACCUGGCUUUUUGCAUUUUUCUUCUUAUUACAACAAUUGACUAAUAAUCUCCCCUACCAACAAAAUAUGCUUUUCCACAGUAUGGGAGGUAUCUCAAACCUUGACACCACUCUAGUUUCUGUCGCGAGUGGCUGUUAUGAUGUCCUCUGUGCUAUUUUAGCCAGUGGGUGGUUGCAUUAUCACAAAAAUACAACUGCCUUCUCCGUUGUUUUUUGGACUUUGCCUUCAUUUGUUGGAAGCAUUGGUAGUCUCACUCUCUCCUGGGACAAAAAAAUCGCCCUUCUUGCCAUGAUCUGUCUUGCAACGCCUUUUGGUAUACCUUGGAUCAUGAUGUUCAGUUGGAAUAUCACGAGCUGCUCCGGCUAUACCAAAAAACUAACCAGAAGUGCGAUCGUGAUGCUAUUCCACAGUAUCGGUAACAUCAUUUCUCCUCAAAUGUGGCAGCAGAAGGAUGCACCUAGAUACCGCCCUGCAUGGCUCGUACAAACAAUAUGCUCUUUCUUUAUUGCUCCGAUCCUUGCGCUUGUUAUUCGCCACAUCCUGAAAAAACGCAACGACGAAAGAAUUGCAGCAUCGAAAUCUGAAGAACUUGGUUUUGUGGAACAAGACGGAGAAAAGCUAAAGGUCAAUAUGGCCAUGUUGGAUCUGACUGACCUCGAAAACAAGUACUUUAUAUAUCCGCUAUAA